AUGAGAAGUAGUCUCAUUGGAUGUUUUGAUAUUCGUAUCAUACAACUGCUUUGUGCAGUAACAUGGUGUUUACUAUCUGCAGGGUUGAUAUUUGGAUUUGCUGCUCUAAAGCCAGUUCUUAUCGCUCAGCAUGUGUACGAAGACUUGUGUUACAUCAACGUUGCAGAGGACCCUGUCGUUGAACUUCCAUGUACAAAACAAGAUUUGAGAUUGAAUAAAAUGUUUGCUGUUGGUGCUGUAGUUACCAACAUUGCUGCCUUGCCUGUAGGUUGGGUUUUGGAUAAUUACGGUCCAAGAAUAUGUGGUAUUGUGGGAGCUCUCUUCCUAUUUUCAGGUUCUUUCAUCUAUAUUUCGGCAAAACAUAUCUCUUUCCUGGAUCCAUAUUUAACAGGCUACAUUUCUCUCGCAAUUGGUGGACCGUUUGUGUUCAUAUCCUCAUUCCAAUUGGCUAAUACCUUUCCCAAAUACUCUGGUUCUAUUCUUGCUGUUAUUACUGGUGCUUUCGAUUCUUCGUCCGCUUUGUUCUUAUUCUACCGAAUCUACUAUGAGAAGGUAGAUCCUGAUUUCAACUUGAAAAAAUUCUUUACACUAUAUUUGGUAGUUCCAGUAUUUAUUGUACUGUGCCAACUGUUUAUCAUGCCAUUCGAGUCAUAUAAAACUCUAGGUGCUGUUCACAAAUUGGAAGUUGAAGGACUUGAUGAAGAUGGUAAUCUUCCAGAGGGCCAAGAUGCGUCCAUGGUGAUACCUGAUGCAGAUGAAUGUUCAUCCUUGUUAUCCGGAACAGGUCCACAGAUUCAGCCAGUUCUUUCUCAUGGAUCGAGAAGGAAGUCUGUGUUGGAGAACUACGUCGAAGCCAGACUAGAAAAAAGAACCAGAGGGAUUUUCGGUGUCUUGCAUGAGAAAUCCGCUUUAGAGCAGAUCAAAUCCUAUUGGUUUAUUUUAAUGCUCCUUUUCACGAUUGUCACCAUGUUGAGAAUAAAUUAUUUCGUUGCAACUGUCAGAUCACAAGAAGAGUAUUUACUCCGUGAUUCUAAACUCGCUGCAUUAAUGAACUCGAUAUUUGACGUAGCUCUACCAUUACUUGGUAUAUUAUCCAUUCCUAUAAUCGGGAUAAUUCUAGAUAAUCUAGAGACAUACUCUGUCCUUUUGCUUGUGUGUGGACUUUCUGUAUUUAUUGGCAUUAUGGGGUUAAUACCAUCAUUUUAUCCGAAUUUGCUAGGCAUAUUACUGCUAGUUGCAUUCAGGCCCUUCUAUUAUACCGUUGUUUCAGACUACUGUUCUAAAAUAUUUGGAUUUGAAACCUUCGGAGUUGUCUAUGGCUCAAUGAUUUGUGUGUCAGGGUGUCUGAAUUUCUUCCAAACCUAUUUGGACAAACUGACACAUACUACCUUCGAUAUGAAUCCUACCCCAGUGAACGUUGGUUUAUUGGCCACGACAGUUGUAAUUUCGGUGGCACUUUUGGGUUACAUUAGAACACAGUCAAAAAGGAGAGCUACACUGAUAGAUGAUGCCCUCAAGUCACCUGUUGCUACCUACAAUUCUACAUAG